UGAAAUCUUCUAAACGUCACAUUUUUUUUCGGCCAACAAAAUUAAAUUACAAACAUGUAGUUCGGUACAUUUAAAUUGACAUUUUUUCAGGUAAACUCGAAUCGACGAUCAUGACAGCUACUCCGACAAAAGUAGAACCUCUUCGAGUAAAAUUCAGGCAAGCGAGAGAGAGAAGAAUAGCAGAGAUGUUGAGAAGAUAUCGACUGCAAAGAGAAAAAGAUGUCGUGUGCAGGAAAAUCGGACUCACCGAAGGAACGACGCAACAAAAGAUUUGCCCUGUUAUAACAACGAGAGAAAUCGCCGUUACGACGGAACCCAAGGAAGUAUCGCCUUCUAUGAUGUUGCUCAUGCAUGUUAAAGACCAAUGUAUACAAACUUCGCUACCAAUUAAAAGAUAUCGUAGUAAGUGUACGAAUUGUUGCGGAGGACUUCCAGGUUGUGGUCCAGGACUUGGACAGGGAUGUGAAGGAAACUGUUCUUGCGUACCGGGUAAACGAAUUUUAUUGAGAACGUCUCCACCAGAGAAAAGUAAAAGUUUCUUUUAUCUUGUAGGAAUUCAAAUAAGAGACAGAGAGUUUUACUACGAUAAAGAUUUCUGUUCGUUAAGUAUCCCAGAGAAAAAAUUAUUUCCAAGGUUUUACGUAACACGUCACGGAAGCCGUUUACGCGGUGGUGGUAGUAAAGACUCGAGGAAGACCAAAAUGCCAAGAAUUCGUUGUCGAAGGAAGAAGAACUCGGUCCUCCAGGUGGAAAGUUCACUUCGAAGACCGAAGGAAGAUCCGCCUUGUCGUGGGUUUCAUAGAAGCCUAAGUAGCCUUCGUGGUCAGCCAGCAUGGAUGGAGGAAGCUCAGGAAAGUUGUUGGGAAAGCUGUCUCCGUAGCAAGAAUUGCGUUGGACGCGCAAGCGUUUCUGCAGAGUGCGUUCCCUCGUCGUACAACUACGGCACCGUCGUUCCUGAUGUCCCUGAACGUCGUUGGAACUUUCGACGUAAGCAAAACAUAAUGGCUGCUGGGAGUACGAGCUGCUCCAGGAAGUUUCGACGAGUAACAACGGCUACUCCGUUGGUUCCAUCAGCCAUUUCGAUGCGCGUUCGAGAAAACGUCGGAGGCGUUGUUGGAAACAAAUAUCGUCGGUACUACUCGAUAUGGGAAACGUUGGGUCUUAUUUUUAAGUCGAGCUCUCGAAGAAAAAAUACGAAAAGUGAUAUUGCAAGGAAAACGAGAACGAACCGUCCGAAUCGACGUUUGCUAAAUAUUCCUGUCAUUGGAAAUACCAUUUUAAGGAGUUACUGUAAAACGAAAAAUCGUUCUCCUUUCUUCUCGAAGAGUACGAAAGGUGCAGAAUGCAUUAAAAGCUACAAAGACAAGGAUUUUUCAAAAGAAACAUCGCUACGUGAGAAUUCGUCAUCGUCAUCGAGUCAGUCGUUCAAACUCGAAGAAAAAGAGGAACGUCUUAGAGGAGGCGGAAAUAAAUGUGAUCUGGAAGACAAACAUAAACAUCACCAUGCGAUGGAAUUCACAGAUCAAUCCGCUAUGGAGAAUCCGAACGACAUAGAAAUGAAGCCUUUGCAUAACAAUAAAGAUGACAACGUUUCGAAUGCAAUGUUUUGGGAGAACAUGGACGAAGAUGAAUAUUCUUGGACCCACAAUCCAAUCAACGAAGACGUGCUUAGGUUGCAAGAAGAUCAGGAAUGCUGCGAUGGUCCAGAACAUCGAAACGAAGAUAGAAGGAUCCGAGGUGGUUGCGGAAGAUCGUACAAACCCAUACAACAUUGGACGAUUUUCGGUAGACGAGACCAUUCACGUGGUUCAUGCUGCUCACCAGUUCGACCACAAGUUUCCUGUCGGUCGUCACCUUGUUCACCACCUCCCUGCCUAAGACCACCUAUAUGUACUCCAAUGAGAUUUCAUAAUCGUAGUUCCUGCGGAAGGCCAGAUCCUUGCAUCGACAGAAAGGGGUGUCCUUGUAAUUCCUGCGGUGGAUCAAUUUGUUCCGAUGAGAUUACUCGUUGUUGUAGGAUACAACAAAAGGAACUUCCUUGUCAAUGCAAGUGCCAAUCUUGCGAAGUUAAAAGCUUUCGAUCUUGCGGUGGAUGCGGUGGUCAAUCCUGUGGAAGGAUGUACAGUUGUGCCGGUAGCAGUGGUGGUACCUGCUGUUUCCCAAGAAAUACCAGAAGACGAUUCGGCCCGGAAUGCUGCGGUGGCGGGAAUCCGAACUGCGGAGGAUGCUGCUAAGAAUCGCACGAUUCCAGAAUCCUGUUUCUGAAUUCCCUGGAUUCUCUUAAACCAAACAAGGAAUAAAUAACUCUCAAACAUAA